UGUACCUAAAUCAGGAAGCACCGAUACACGUUUUUUUCCGUUUUCUUUUUUUUUCUCGUACGGAGACACUUUUGAUUACAACAACGGCGAACCAUAAAGGGGAAAAAAGGCGUUAUUGUUGAUGUUGCUGACGACCACCGUCGACCACUGCUGAGAGAAGACUGACAGCUGGUUACAUCCAGUACAAGGCUCAGCUGUGGAUGCAUUUGACACAGCCUAACCGGAGAAGGUCUCUGUGAGCAGCAUGGGCCAGCAUCUAGGAAAGAGGGAAUCACCCACAGAGAGCAAGGCUUCGUCACCUGAACCCGAAGCAGAGCAGAUAACAGCAGCAGAACCUGAAUCACAAGAUGAAGUGUUUGGCCUGGGUGAGGCAGAUGCGAACCAGAACAAUGGCUGCGUCUCGGAGAAGCCGGUGGUGACUGACUCCACAGGCGCUGAGGGCCCCCACCAACCCUGGGACCCUGCCAGCACAGCUGACCCUGACGCCGCCACACCACGCCCCCACCUGGUCCGCCUCUUCUCCCGAGAUGCCCCGGGCCGAGAGGACAACACCUUCAAAGACCGACCCUCUGAAUCGGACGAGUUGCAGACCAUCCACGAGCACAGCGGAGCGGCUUCAGAGUGCGGGUCGGACAUCCCCGAACAGGACCUAGAGUAGGCUAGCUUUUAUCCCUCCCUCUCC